UCAAAUUAACCAUUCUCUUGUGACAAAAGUAGUGUAGUAUUUAAACCCAAAAUUAUUUACUUUGAAAGCAUAAAUACUCAGACGAAUCAACAGAAAAUCACUCUUGCGGACGGAAAGUGGAUUAACGGUUACGUGGCUAGCUUGCUAAUAAAGUAGCCUGCUAGCUACUUAACUGGUUGCCAGCCCACAAUAUGUCUGGGAGAUAUAAGCGCCGAAGCCUCGCAAAUGCUGCCUCAAUGUCGGGAAGUGUGUCCUGCGAUGAGCGUAUCUUGCGAGACUGCCACCAAAUAUACAAUGACGCCGAUAGUGGCUUGAUCAGCAUAGCCCAGUCUGUGGGACUGACUCUUCUACCGCCAAGGAAAAAAAUCACCGUCAUGCUUAUGGGGAAUCACUCUGCUGGCAAGAGCUCCUUUAUUAAUUGGUAUGUAGAUGAGCACAUUCAGCGCACAGGAGUGGCCAUUGAGACGCAAGGCUUCAGUUUUGUCACCAGUGGACGAAAGAGAGAAUCUCUCACGGGAAAGGCAACGCUUCUCCUCCACCCUCAUUUCAAACAUCUGCAGGACUUCAAAGGGGUGUUGGAGUACCUCACCACAGAAAUCUGCACAUCCCAGCAGAAACGUUUCAGUCUGGUGACCUUUGUGGACACACCUGGCCUUGUAGAUGGGUACAUGAAGUAUCCAUUUGAUGUGGAUCAGGCUAUUCUGUGGCUGGGCAGCGUAUGUGACCUGAUUUUGGUGUUAUUCGACCCAAUGGGCCAGGCACUGUGUAAACGCACGGUGAACCUUGUGGAGAAAUUGAACGAAAGCCAUGGUGAAAAGCUGCGAUUCUACAUGAGCAAGGCAGACGAGGCUGGGAGUGACUCAGACAGACAGAAAGUUUUGAUGCAGAUAGUUCAGGAGCUGUGCAAGAGACCCGGCCUCAACAAGUGUGGUUUUGACAUGCCCACUAUUUACAUACCCAACCCAAACAAGCCAUGCCGUUCUGUGAAUCAGAUUGAGGAGGUGUGCAAAACCAUAGAGAAGACCAUUAACCAGACCGUACAGAUCACCCUUAACUCACUGGAAAAGGACUGUGAAGUCAUUGCUCAGGCCAUUACUGACAAACUCAGCACUGACAGGCACCGCGAUGCAGAUAACUUGCAGUCCCAUUGCAUAGGCUGCAUGCUUUGUCUGCUGGUCUUCUGUCUGCUUUUCUUACUGUUGGCAGUCCUGCUGUUGGGCAGUCUGUCUAACCCAGUCCUUCAGAUGAUACUGGGGGAGGAGUGCAUGGAGGCAUUAACACCCUAUUUGGUUCGUGUAAUGAAAGAAUUAGACUCUGUGCCUAUUCAGGAUCAGCUAUAUUGCUGUGGAGGACUUUUUAUGGUCUCUGUCACUCUCCUUCUCCUAGCAUAUUUGGCCUUCCGCACCCAUCCCACCAUGUCUGGCUGGCAGAAAAGACAGUUGAAAGAUAAACUGGAAUACAUUGGGAAAGUGAUGAAGAAAACGAAGAAGAAGCUUUAUGAAGACUACCUCCACCAGAGUGUUGGGGAAUAUGAUAUGGCCUGAAGGAAAAGCAAGAAAUGAGAUGAUGGCUGAUUGUAAAAAAAGAGAAAAAAUGUAAUGCACUUGCAUUCCAGUACUUUAGGAUACUAGUUACAGUUUAUUCAAAGCUAUUGUAUUUUGACUAGGCAAACACUCCUGAAUGCCUUACGCUCAAUCUUAUGUAUCUAGUGGCAGGAAAACAGAGAGGGAGAAGCUUCGUUUGUGUCUGUUUACUCUCUUUUGAUGCAGUGCAUUAACACACAAAAAGACCAGUACUGUAAACGUAUAACACUAAGGCACUUGUAAAGCUGUAGAUUUUGUUGUGAUUGUUUCUUUAUUUAAAAAAAAUUUAACUGAAUUGCUUCUGCCUCCACCUUCCUUAUUUAACAUGGUGCAGUUUAAACACUGACUGUUAACCAUUUCUAAAUUAUAGUAUACUGUUCUCUGAUGAGUGCAAUGUUGCUCAAAGAAAUUCAAUCCUGCUUUGUGUACUGCUUUCAACUGUAAUGCUAUUGAUUCUUCUAAUUUUUAAAAAUGGCGCCA